UGAACACCCAGCAGAUUUCUCGUUUCGUUUCCCUAAUAAAUUGUCAAUAACUUUGCCAGUCGCUGGAUGCAGGUUGUUUCUUUAUGCCAAUAUUAUUUGUUGUGCUGCCGCGUGCGCGAGUGUGUGUGAGUGAGUGAGUGUGUCAGUGAAUGUGUGUGUGAGCGGGCCUUGGAUUGCCCCGAAUUGCAUAGAUUGCAAAAAGGCCAGAGAGAAAGGCCCAAAGGAAAAUUGUGCAAUAGUCGCGAAAAUCGAAGGACUCACAGCAGGACGACGACGAUGUGAAGCUGCAGGCGGGCGGUAAAUUGGAAUUAACUAAGGAAAUCAUGUGCCUGGCGGAGCAACCGCAGAAGCAACCAAACCGGAGCAGCACCUCACCCACAUUCAAUGCGAAAUACAGGCGAAAAUGCCUGCUCCUCCUCACGCUGCUCCUCUUCCACGGCUGCUUCAGUGGACUCCAUCGAGCUGCCGCCUUCAACUGCACAGCCCACGGCGGACGCUGCCAGAACGACGGGCAGUGCCAGGAGGAUGGACAGUGCCUGUGCGCCGAUGGAUGGCAGGGACCAGAGUGCCAGUUCUGCGGCGGAAAAGUCCGCAUGUACCACCCGAUGGGGACGAUACACGACGGCUGGGGCAACUAUUCUGUGAGUGUCAAGUGCAGCUGGCUAAUCGAUGCCAGGCAUCCGCACUGGAACCGCCGACAUAACACCAAUCCGUCGCGUACCGCCAACAUAAGGAUCCACCUGCGAGAAUUUGCCACGGAGUGUGGCUGGGAUCACCUGUACAUAUAUGAUGGCGACAGCGUGGAUUCGCCCCUGCUGGCGGUCUUCAGUGGCCUCAUGUACCGCGGCAACUUCUCUAUUCGCCGAGUGCCACAGGUGAUAGCCAGAUCUGGGACAGCCCUUGUGCACUUCUUCAGUGAUGAUGCCUACAACAUGUCUGGCUUCAACCUCACCUACAAGAUGAAUGGUUGUCCUUCGGAUAGUGAUGAGGUGGAGUGUUCUGGCCAUGGCAAGUGCCAUGAUGGCGACUGCAUCUGUGAUCCCAUGUACAGGGGUGAAGCCUGCAACAUUGCCGCCUGUCCCAACAACUGCAUGGAGUCGAAAAGCCAAGGCCAUUGCCGACCCGACCAGGAACGCUGCUCCUGUUACGAAGGCUUUGCCGGCGACGACUGCAGUCAGAUCAGCGCCCACGGCGCCUGGUCCACGGUCCAUCCGAAGCACUCACAGGCGCCAGCAGGCAGCGCCUCCCAUGGCGCCACCAUCUGGCGAGACACCCUGCACAUCGUGGGCGGAGAAUCUUAUGGGCGAGGCGAACUAAUGAGCACCUAUGACUUUAACGGCAACGUGUGGGAGACGGUUCACCCCGCGGAUGGUGGUGAAGUCCCUGACAAGCGAUACGGUGCAUCAACAGUGAUGUACGGCGACAAGAUCUUCAUGUACGGUGGUGUGGUCAAGGGCCAAGGCAUUUCCAAUGAACUUUGGGCCUUCGACGUUUCGGCUCGAACGUGGACAAACAUCACAGUGCGGGUGGAUUCAUCGUGCAAUGCCACUGGAGGAACCACUGCAUUGUGCGGACCCCUGCAUGUGGUGGGUCACACAGCCACGUUGGUGCCCGGAUACGGGGAUAAGAAUAACUACCAGUACAUGGUGGUCAUCUUUGGCCACUCACCGAACUACGGCUACCUCAACACGGUGCAGGAGUUCAACUUUGCGUCGCGGGAGUGGCGCAUCGUUACCACCACCGGCUUUGUUGUGAAGGGCGGAUACGGACACAGUGCCGCCUAUGACUUCCUUACGGAGAAAGUCUACGUUUACGGUGGAAUAGUCUCCGAGAGUGAGUCAAGUCAAGUGCUCAGCUCGAGGUUGUAUGCCUAUGAACCAGCCACGCGUAUUUGGAGUCUGCUGUCGGCGGCGCCAAGUGCUCGACUGCUCCAUACGGCUAACUUUGUGAACCAGGGACUGAUGAUGGUCUUCGGUGGAAACACGCACAAUGAUACCUCGCAGAGCUAUGGAGCGAAGUGCUACAGUCAGGACUUGCUAGUGUACGAUGUAUACUGCGACUCGUGGCAUUAUCAUUCGAUGCCGGGCCACCUGCAGGCGGACCUGGCCCGCUUUGGCCACAGUUCGGUGGUUUUUGAGGAGUCGCUGUACAUAUAUGGUGGCUUCAAUGGCCAGCUGCUGAGCGAUAUGCUGAAGUACCAGCCGGGAUACUGCAGCUACUACACAAAGCAGGAGAAGUGCACGGGAGCCCGACCUGGAGUGAAGUGCAUCUGGGACGUGCAAAAGAUGCGCUGCAUAGCCAUCACGCAAGUCCAGCGAUCGGCUAUUUAUGGGCGUGAGCAAUACGAUUACGUGGCCUGCCCGUCUAAGAGCAGGCUCACGCUCACCUCGGAACUGCUACACGAUGUUCACCGCUGCCAGGAACUGUCCAGCUGCCAGUCGUGUGUGUCCACUGCCUUUGGUUGCACAUACUGUGGAAACGGAGUGUGCAGCAAAGAGCGGUGCCGUGAAACCACCUCAAUGGCCUCCGUCUUUGAGUCGUCCACACAGCAUACAGUGUCCACAGUGAGUCCGCCGUUAAAUGCCAAGCACCUGGACUCGUGUCCCAUCACCGAGGAGCACCUGGUGUCCUCCGUGUGUGAACAGUUGCAUAAUUGUCGGGCUUGUUCUGCCGACCUGGCCUGUCGCUGGGACUCGGAGCAGAACCGCUGCCGAAGUUAUGUUUAUUCCGGUGGAAUGGCCAUCAAUCGGACGCAAGAUGAGGUGGCCUGCUCUCCGUCCUGCGCUUCAAUGACCAACUGCCAGAACUGCACCGAGGAUGAGUGCAUCUGGUGCCAGAAUGAGCAGCGCUGCGUGGAUCGAAAUGCCUAUACAGCAAGUUUUCCGUACGGUCAGUGCCGAGAGUGGACCACGUUUACGGCCAAGUGCAGAUCAGCUCCGGUCCAAUCGACUGCUUUAACCGUGGGCAGCACUACGGCGCUGUCAAGUGCUCAAUGUGGCUACUACAACAGCUGCCAGAUGUGCCUAGAUGAUCCCGCUUGCGGCUGGUGUGACAAUGGCUCCAAUACGGGCCUGGGCAGGUGCGUAGUUGGCGGAGCACUGAGACCCUAUGAUGAAACGGAGUGUGCUCUGAAGCAUUGGUUCUUCACAUCCUGCCCUCGAUGUAACUGCAAUGGGCAUUCGUAUUGUAAUGAUCAACAGCACUGUGAACAACCAUGCAACAAUCUUACGACAGGAGCCCACUGUGAAAAGUGUCGCACUGGAUACUGGGGAAAUCCCAUCAACGGAGGCAAGUGCCAACGUUGCGAUUGCAAUGGCCAGGGCGUUUACUGUCAUCCGGACACUGGAAAGUGCUUCUGUACCACAAAGGGUAUUGUAGGCGACCACUGCGAGAAGUGCGAUUCCCAGAACCAUUACCACGGUGAUCCGCUAAGGGGUUCCUGCUAUUACGAGCUGACCAUCGAUUAUCAGUUCACGUUUAAUCUUUCAAAGAAGGAGGAUCGUCAUUUUACGCAGAUCAACUUCAGGAACUCGCCGGGAAAGCCAGAGAUCGAUGCGGAUUUCACGAUUACCUGCAGCGUGCCAGCGAAAAUGGACAUCUCGGUGAAGAGGGCCGGCUUACCGGACAUGCUCAUCCUAGUGGGAGUUAACUGCUCAACGUUCCGUCAUCGGUUUCCCAAGACGGACUACAAAUUCGGGCAUUCGCCCGAUGAUAACAGCUCCCUCACCACGUUCUAUGUGUUCGUGCACGACUUCCAGCCCCCAAUCUGGAUACAGAUUGCCUUCUCACAGUAUCCCAAGCUCAACUUGCAGCAGUUUUUCAUCACAUUCUCCUCAUGCUUCCUUCUGUUGCUGCUCAUGGCUGCCGUCCUGUGGAAGAUCAAGCAGAAGUACGACAUGUUCCGUCGGCGCCAACGAUUGUUCGUCGAAAUGGAACAGAUGGCGAGUCGACCGUUUUCCCAGGUGUUGGUCGAUAUCGAAAACCGCGAAAGUAUUGAUCUGAGUCUGACGCUGGAGGGCAUUGGCCAUCUGUCCAAAAAACGAAAAAAGGAAUGUCCCAGUCCCAUAGCUUUGGAGCCUUGCAGUGGCAAUCGAGCCGCUGUGCUCUCGCUUCUAGUCCGGCUGCCCACGGGCGGUCUAUCGCAAGCGCCGUCUGGCCAGUCCGCUGGUCUGGCCGUGGCCAGCGCCUUAGUCACGUUAGGCAAUCCGCGUCGUCCGUCGAUCGAGCAGCAUCCCAAGGAGCCAAAGUCGAAGCGCAAGCAGAGCCAGCACCCAGACAGUUGUACAUAAUAACCGUAACACUAUGCUUACCUACAUAAAGUAAUAAUGAUAACGAUAAUGAUAAUAAUUAUGAUAAUAUGUAACUAGCGAAUAGGUACGAGUAUAUAGAAUAUUUGCCCCGACUUUCUUCUACUAACCACACACACACACAAGGCAAGCUAGCAAGUUGAUAAUCCGCAGUUAUUAUUACUUUAAUGCAUUAGACUAGUAACGAAACGAGAAUGAAAGUAAGAAACAAACAAAUAAUAAUAAUUUUUAGCAAAAGGAAAUAUUUAUAUACGGUUAUAUACAAUUUGAUAUAGUUGAUAGGUCGAGUAGCGUUGCAAUAGUUAUAAAUGUUUAAUUUAUUAUUUAUACCGCGUACGUGAGCUAAGUUCGAUGGCAGCAGCUGUAUUCAAAUUAUUAAUGUAUUUUUUUUACUUAACCACAUAGCCUAAGCGUGUUGUUAGAAUUUAUUUAUGCAAAUUUUGUGAGCUGCCCUGGCAGUAGCUGCACCAAAAGACGCGACAGUGUCAGGGACAGAAACAGAAAGAGAAACAGAAACCGAGUUACAACAGCAUAAAAGACAUUCAAUUGAUCUAAGCAAAAGUUGAUGAUGAACAGACAAAAAGCGAUAAAGAUACAUGUACAAGAAAGACGAGGAGUAGGAGGAGAUAGAUGACGAAGACAUGCAAUACUGUGUUCAAUAAUAGAAGUAUUUCUGUUUUUUUAAAUCCGUGCAAAUAUUUACAACGCAAGACAUGAGUGGAUCAAGACAUAAACCGAAGUGAACAAAACAAUGCAAGUGUAAAUAAAAUACGUAAAUUAUGAACGCUAUAUAUAUAGAUAGUAGUUAUACAUAUAUACUAAUAGCUCUUGAUAUGAGAACGCGCCCAAAACAAAUCAAACGAUUAAAUUGUACAUGCAAUCUAGAUGAGAUCCAACAUUUACCAAAAUUCCAAUUAAAUCACAAACUAAUCGUAAGGUUUCCUCUUGGCAACAAUUGACUACAGAAACACACUCACACACACACACACAGUUAAUUAACUUGAUAAUUCAAACUAAGACAAGUCACAGCAACUAACUAGAUGCACUCUCUGUAAUACAAAUACAAAUCCAGAAAUGGAACAAACCUCUAGAAUCAAAAGGCACUCGUCGAUAAAACUUUUACUAACACCUAGAGAUCUUUUAAGAAGACACAAACUUUCAAAGUACACAAUCUCCAGCCGAGAUGUUGACGAUCGCUUCGAGUUAGCAGACAGCAGACAGAAGACAGGCAAUUGUAAAUCAAUUUAAUUUUUUUAAAAACGAUCUAAUAAAGUCCAUUUACGAAAUUUAAUUUCAAAUUGUAAAAUGCGUUUAGAGACAUACACUUAAUAUAUAAAUAUAUAAAUACUUGCCAACCCAGUUCCAAACCCCGCAAAUAAACAAACGAAGAUUAUAACAAACCAUUCGAAGACUUGUUUCUUAAACCAAAAAUACCCAAACUAAAUGACGACCCCUGACCGCAACAGCUGCAACAAGAUAUACAUAGAUAAAGAAUCAUAUAUUAGUUUAUUAACCAAUAAAAAGACACUCCAAAUGUAAGCAAAGUGAA